AACAAACAGCCCCUAAAUCUCAAAUCUUCUUUUGUGCACCUUGAUUGCAUAUCAUUUUUAUGGACCUUUUCACAUAAUUUUUUUAAUUUAAAAAAUAAAUGCAAUAAAGAAAUAUUUUUAUUGAUAUGCAAGUGCAUGUAUAAAAUUUGCCUUUUGGUCAAUUACUUACGGGGUGGCGUGGAACAACCGAUAUCUAGUUCACAGCACCCACCAUGGCAGUUCCACCUAAACGAGACAAUCUUCCAGUCGAUAUCGUUGAAAUCGACAGCAGCGACGACGAAGGCGGCGGCAUCAAUGGCGCCGGAAAGAGCCAAACCCGGGAUGUAAUAAUAUCUACCGCCAAAGAUCCACAGAGCAAAACACAUGGAGUUUCCCUUCCUGAUCCGAAUAAUCUCCCACCGGAGUCUAGGAGUUUCUGGAAGGCCGGGAAUAUUGAAAUUUCAUCUGCUAAAUCAGUAGCCAUCGAGGAUGAUGUGGAACAUGCACGUGUACAUCCCAAGUUCUUACAUUCGAAUGCCACUUCUCACAAAUGGGCGUUUGGAGCAAUUGCCGAGCUCUUGGAUAAUGCUGUAGACGAGAUAAACAGUGGUGCAACUUUCGUGAAGGUUGAUAGAAUAUAUAAUGUAAAGGACAACUCUCCUGCCUUACUAUUUCAUGAUGAUGGUGGUGGACUGGGUCCAGGACGUCUUCGGAAAUGCAUGAGUUUGGGAUACUCAUCAAAGACGAGCAACACAACAAUUGGACAGUAUGGUAAUGGAUUCAAGACGAGUACCAUGAGAUUAGGGGCUGAUGUGAUUGUCCUCACACGGUCAUCUCAAGAAGGCCGAGCAACCCAAAGUGUUGGUCUUCUAUCCUACACUUUUCUGCGCCGAACUGGACAGAAUGAUGUCAUUGUUCCAAUGAUUGAUUUUGAUAUAUCUGGGCAUUGGGCAGAGCCAAUUAUUGAUGCAUGCCAGGAUGAUUGGUCUACUAACUUGAAAACCAUUCUUGAAUGGUCCCCAUUUGCAUCAAAGGAUGAACUUAUGCAACAGUUUGAAGAUAUUGGCUCUCAUGGAACCAAGGUGAUAAUUUUCAAUCUAUGGCUGAACGAUGAGGGAAUUUAUGAAUUGAAUUUUGAUGACGACGAUGAGGAUAUAAAGUUGAGAGACGAAGCCAAUCAAGGAAGCAUAUUUAAAAGACACAGCAAGAGAGUAGUUGAAUUGCAAUCACAUAUUUCCUACCGCUUCCGCUAUUCGUUAAGGGCAUAUGCAUCAAUAUUAUACCUCAGAAAGUUUAAAAAAUUCAGCAUCAUAUUAAGAGGCAAGGCUGUGGAGCAGUAUAGCAUUGGUGAUGGUUUGCAACACUCAAAAGUAAUAUCCUACAAGCCACAACUUAAUCUGACAUCAAAAGAGGUCACCGUGGAUACAACUAUUGGCUUCAUUAAAGAAGCACCACACCUUGGAGUUUCUGGAUUUAAUAUCUAUCACAAAAAUCGCCUGAUAAGGCCCUUCUGGAAGGUCACUGCAGAUGGUUCUGCAAAAGGAAAUGGUGUUGUUGGUGUGUUGGAAGCAAAUUUUAUAGAACCUGCACAUGACAAGCAGGAUUUUGAGAGGUCCACAAUUUUUUAUAGAUUGGAGACGAGGCUGAAACAAAUGAUAAUGGAAUACUGGAAAGCUUGUUGUCACUUGGUUGGACACACGCCCCCUGGUCUGCCUAGUGUACAGAGAGAAGCUACUGCCCGACCACAAGUGAAAGUUGUGUAUCCACAAAUGCAGUCGCCAAUGGCUGAACAUCAUCCAGUCGAUAGUCCUGUGGAUGAGAGAUCAAUUGAUAUGAUAUCUGAAGAUAACAUUCAGCUCUUUAUGAGAUGUGAGGCUUAUAUACAAAAGAAAAAUGAACUGAAGAAAACGAUUGUGGAACUAGAGAGGGAGUUGGAUGAUACUAGAAUGAAGUGUGCUGAUAUUUCGUCACAACUGGAAAGCCAGAAGAAGAUCAAAGGUAUGAGUAGAGUGCAAAUGUUUGAAAAACCUUCUGGUGACCUAAAUGUUUGAAGAGCCUUAAAUUAAAAGCAUAUACAUGUCUAUUGACAAGAAUCUAAACGUGUAAGAAUGUAUUUAAUAUUUUAAUACAUGCAACAAAACCCAAUAUGCAUUAUCCGAAUUUUGUUGGGGUGGGGCGCCCAGAUGAAGGGGGUUGCAUUUUGUUCAACUUAUUACUUAUUUUUAUUAAAAUUAGAUAAGAUAA